AUGACUCAACAAAUAAGUUAUCUACGAAAUUUCAAUAGUGAUAAACAAUUAUCACGAAUGCUUUUAUUAUUAUGUAUCACUAUAUUAAUGGCAUCAAUUCCAUAUUCUAUGGAAAAUAUUUAUUCAGUAUUUUUUAUUGAUUUUACUCAAAAACUAUCAUCAUAUGCUCGUGUAUUUAAUUAUACAUCAAUUAUUUUAUUUUUUACAGAUGAAGUAUUGAGUUUCUAUGUUUUUUUUCUUUCAACACCAAAUUUUCGCCAAGAAGUUAAAAAGAUUAUUCUAUGUAAAAAUUGUGAUUAUCCUUUACAAAAUAAUCAAAUUUAUCCAACAAAUUAUAGAUUGAAUGUUCACUAA